CCCGCCGCUACCGCCACGCUCAUGUCGACGAACACGUCUAUGGAGUCAGGCAUUGAAGCCGGCGUCCUUCCAACGGUUACAGGAUCUCUGGCCUCCGCCAGAGACUCUUUGGGCUCAUUAUCCCGCGCCGCCGAACCUCUUUAUGACACUGAUCAUACGGAUUUGGGUUCAGAACUUGAUGAGGCAGAGAUUCGAAGAGAGUUGAUGCAUGACAAAUGGCGCCUCCUUUUCGACAGGUUUGAUCCGGAAGGCUUUGGCGAGAUUCCGUGGCCAGAUUUCAUACAGACUCUUAGACACCCAGAUUUUAUAGCACAGGUGCCUCCUCACAAAUUAGAGAUUCUACUUGACAAAGCUCUAAAUGCAACGAGUGACGCUAUCACAUUCACGGAGUUCGUCAAUGUGAGACGGGCAAUUGAAGACAGGAUGUGUCAAUGAGGACCGGAGAUCGCCCACACAA